CUCAGUGGGGUCAGGGCAGUCCUGUGGGGAGCUGGAGCUGUGAUUUGUGAUGCAGUGCGAACAAACACCGUGGACUGUCCUGGCUGAAGGCACCGUUGGUGCUGUCAGCUCUGUAGGAUCUGGGAGGUGACGGGACAGUGGCAGUGACUCUGCCUGCUGUCCUGGGGAAUGUCAUCCAUCACUGGGGGGGGCUCAGAGCAGCUCCCAGUGCUCUGGUUCAUCCUAACCAGCCCCAUAAAACAGGGCUGGACCUUUAUUGGUGCAGCAGAGCCUGUGCUGUUGCGUGCUGAGGGUUUCCUGCUUCCUGGUCAGAGCAGAUGUGGGUCAGGCUCCUGCUCGGCUCCGGGAAGGAAUCGGGGGGUGCAGGGGUGCAGGAAUGAAGGGAUGCUGAGGCUGCACUGCCCAGCCACCCUCUGCCCACGCCAGUGCAGCCACAGGAAUAACUUCGGCUCUGAGCUGUAAUUUCCAGGCUAAUUUUAACCCUUCCAGCACCCCACGCUCUGCCACGCGAGGAGCACUGGCUGCUGCUGGACUCUGCAGCACUGCCACGCCACAGUGUGGGGUGUCCCAAGGGCUUCACCAUCAAAGCCUUCGCCUGCUCUUUAAUUUUCCACUUGCUCUGGAUGAAGCAGCUGCUGGAGGGGGGGUGGGAGGUUUGUUUUCCUCACUCACCUGUGUGUCCUGCAGGUGCCAGUGUCGAUCCCUCUCGGUGUAUGUGUGGUAACAACAUGUCUGUCCCCCUCCUCGCCGACGCUGUCACCGUGUCAGGGGCAGAGCGGGAGACUGCCGCGGUCAUUUUCCUACACGGCCUUGGAGACACGGGGCACAGCUGGGCCGAUGCUCUCUCCUCCAUCCGCCUCCCCUAUGUGAAGUACAUCUGCCCUCACGCGCCCCGGAUCCCCGUGACCCUCAACAUGAAGAUGGUCAUGCCCUCCUGGUUUGACCUGAUGGGAUUGACUCCAGAUGCACCUGAGGAUGAAGCUGGGAUCAAGAAAGCAGCAGAAAACAUUAAAGCAAUCAUUGAGCACGAGAUGAAGAACGGGAUCCCCCCCAACCGCAUCAUCCUGGGGGGCUUCUCACAGGGCGGUGCCUUGUCGCUGUACACGGCUCUCACCUGCCAGCACCAGCUGGCUGGGAUCGUGGCUCUGAGCUGCUGGCUCCCUCUGCACAAAGCCUUCCCACAGGCGGCGAACAACGGCGUGAACAAGGACAUUGCCAUCCUGCAGUGCCACGGGGAGAUGGAUCCCAUGAUCCCCGUGCGUUUCGGGGCCCUCACUGCCGAGAAGCUCAAGUCUGUCGUCACCCCCACCAAGGUGCAGUUCAAAACCUACCCUGGUGUGAUGCACAGUUCCUGUCCUCAGGAGAUGAUGGCCGUGAAGGAAUUCAUCGAGAAGCUGCUGCCCCGGAUCUGAGCGGGGCCCCUCGGGACUGUCGCAGGGGAGGGUGCCCGA